AUGCCAGCUAGUAAUGAAAGCAAGUAUAUAAAAGAAGUAUGGGCCGAGAAUCUAGAGGAGGAAAUGGCUGUUCUUCGUGAUCUAGUGGAACAGUACCCUUACCUUGCGAUGGUACAAGAUGACAUGUAUGCUCAAGAUUCCAUUGAUUUAUUGACAAAGUCUGGCAUCGAUUUCAAAAGGCAUGAAGAUUACGGCAUAGACGUAGAACAGUUUGGUGAAUUGUUGAUCAGUUCAGGAUUCGUAUUGCUGGAUGAUGUCAAGUGGAUAUCCUUUCAUAGUGGCUACGAUUUUGGAUACUUAUUAAAAGUACUCACAUGCUCUCCUCUGCCGGCCGAAGAAUCGAAAUUUUUUGAUCAGUUAAAAAUGUAUUUUCCAUGUAUAUAUGACAUAAAGUACCUCAUGAAGAGUAUCAAGAAUUUGAAGGGCGGUUUGCAAGAUAUUGCUGAUGAUUUACAGGUUUCUCGAAUUGGUCCUCAACAUCAAGCUGGUAGUGAUAGUCUUUUGACAGCGACUACAUUCUUUAAGAUGCGUCAGAGAUUUUUCGAUGAUAAGAUUGACGAUCAAAAAUACUUGGGUUAUCUUUACGGUCUAGGAAGUGGUAUAUCCACACCAAAUGUAGCAAAUUUGACGAUUGGAACUCCGACAAUUCCCAAUAACGCUACCAUUGUCAACAGUGCUUCAUCAUCAGACAAUAAUGGAUCAUCACCCGUAUCAACCAAUAUUCCUUUAUCAUCGACCUCUACAGCUUCAACUCCGAACUCUAAUUCUGCGAUUACAAAUGGCAAAAUAAACUCAUUACCUCGUGAG